GAAACUCGGCGAGAUUGAAUUAUUUUUUAGAGUAAAAUCACUCACUCAUUCCACUUUUUUAUUCUUUUCAUUACCUUUGCUUCUUUCAACUUCAUUUCCCAUUUUCCUCAAACCCCAAAAACUUUAUCACAACAUUAAAAAAAACAACAACAACAUAGUAUUAUUUAUUACCAAUUACUAAUAUUCUUGUUUUUGUUUUUGUUUUUGUUUUGUCCCUUCGUUCUUUUUUCGAUCGGAUCUGAAACCUCUCUUCAAAGCCAAAUCACUUUCUGGGUCUUUUUCUUAGCUAUGGAACAAGCUUUCUUUUGCAAUUACAUUGCAAAUUCUCUCUUUUGAUCAGCUUGUUAAUAAUUUAUUGAUGGAGUCACCUUUUGAUGGAGUUGGUUCUUUACUUGAGGUUCAGAAAUCGGUUUCCGGCGUAGAUCACAAUCCGCCAUCGACGUCUCGGCCGCCUUUAGGGGCAUCUAGAAAUCAAGGGCCGUCUUUCAAUCAUCACAGUCAAGGAAAGAUGAAAGAUACCUAUGAGGAAGCUAAAAAUGUGGAGCAUGAAGGAACAACUAAAGAUGUCUAUGCAAGCCAAACCGAAACUUUUGAAAGUUGUUUGGUAAAGAACAUUUCCACAAUCGAAACAAAAUUGUGCAUCAGCGACGAUUCCACUGAUCACAAUUCCGUCGACAUAUUAGAAUCUGACAAUGGCAUAUUGGGUUCAUCGAAACGAGUUAUCGAUCAGAAAAACUCAGAGAUUACGUUUUGCUCAAGUCCACAGAAUAGUUUAUAUUCUACCACUGACUUUUUAGAAGCCAAAGAAAGUUUCACCAACACCGGAAUCACUGAAUGCGUUAGUGUCGAUAAGUCAGUUGAAAGUGGAGAAGUUACCAAUUCAGGUGAGAGCAGGAAGACGAGCAUCUGUAGAGGGAGUACCGGAAGUGAUGUUAGCGAUGAAAGCAGCAUCAGUAGCUUGAGCAGUUCGUUGUAUAAACCUCACAAAGCAAAUGAUGUAAGAUGGGAAGCAAUUCAAGCGAUCCGAGUUCGGGAUGGGGGAUUAGAAAUGAGACAUUUUAGGUUGUUGAAGAAAUUGGGAUGUGGAGACAUAGGAAGUGUAUAUCUAGCAGAGUUAAGCAGCACAAGGACUUGUUUUGCAAUGAAAGUAAUGAACAAGACUGAACUAUCGAGUCGCAAGAAGCUUCCAAGGGCGCAGACCGAGAGAGAGAUAUUGCAGUCUCUCGAUCAUCCAUUUUUACCUUCAUUGUACACACACUUUGAGACAGAAUCAUUCUCUUGCUUGGUUAUGGAGUUUUGUCCUGGUGGGGAUCUUCAUGCACUCAGGCAAAGACAACCUGGGAAAUAUUUUUCAGAACAUGCUGCAAGGUUUUAUGUAGCAGAAGUUCUCCUUGCUUUGGAGUACUUGCACAUGCUUGGAAUCAUCUACAGAGACCUUAAGCCCGAGAACGUGUUGGUGAGAGAAGAUGGUCACAUAAUGCUAUCGGAUUUCGAUCUCUCUCUAAGAUGUGCCGUUAGUCCAACUCUCGUUAAGUCCGCCAACUCUAACUUAGAGACAAAAGGCUCAGGAUAUUGCGCUCAGCCUGCUUGCAUCGAACCAACUUGCGUAAUUAAGCCAGACUGCAUCCAACCUUCAUGUUUCACGCCACGUUUUCUAUCAGGCAAAUCCAAGAAGAAAGAAAAGAAGUUGAAACCUAAAAACGACGUGCAUAAUCAGGUGACACCACUCCCUGAGCUUAUGGCGGAGCCCACAAAUGCCCGAUCAAUGUCCUUUGUUGGCACGCACGAGUACUUGGCGCCUGAAAUCAUCAAAGGCGAAGGUCACGGCAGUGCUGUAGACUGGUGGACAUUUGGUAUAUUCUUAUACGAGCUUUUGUUUGGUAGAACUCCAUUCAAAGGUUCGGCGAAUCGGGCAACUUUAUUUAAUGUAGUCGGGCAGCCCUUAAGAUUUCCAGAAUCCCCUAGUGUUAGCUUUGCUGCCAGGGACUUGAUUAGGGGUUUACUUGUGAAAGAACCUCAGCAUCGUCUUGCGUACAGACGCGGAGCCACAGAGAUAAAACAACAUCCAUUCUUUCAAAAUAUUAACUGGGCACUGAUCCGUUGUGCAACUCCUCCAGAAGUGCCGAGACAGGCCAUGAAAGCAGCGCUCACUCCCGAGAAGAAGGCUCCUGGAGUGAAGCCUUCUGGUAACUAUUUAGAUAUUGAUUUCUUUUGAUCCUCAUGCCUGUUUUUCCUUUGAACUAAUUUAUUUCCCUCUUUUAUUUGUGCUGUUGUCCGUUUACGUUUCUUUCCAUUGUAUAAAAGAAUGCAACUCUUUCGUCUACGUUGAAUCACGCUAUAAGAAAUUCCAGAUUGUUUUAAAUUGAUGAACCAAGUCUGUGGUCUAUUAAUUUA